AUGGGCAAUGCCGCGCCGCGCGCGCAGCCGCAGAGCGUCCUGGACAGUGCGUCGCAGUACCGGACGUUCCUCAUGGACUACACGCCGCGGUCGAUGGACAUGAUGUUCGGCAGUUUGAUCGGCGAUGGCAAGUUCCUCAAGAGUAUCUCGUGCAAGUGUGACGAAGGGCACCUCGUGGUCAAGAUCUAUCGGAAAUAUGACGAGCGCGAGUCCCUCAGUCGUGCCGAAGUGGCGCUGCGGCGCUUGGCACUGGCGUUUUCGAUCGAGCACGAGCCGAACGUGAUGCCGUACGCGGACUUUCAGCUCUCGCACAAGAGCCAUGUGGCGUUUCUUGUCCGACCGUUUUUCGCGUCGAAUUUGUACGACCGAAUUUGCUCGCGACCCUUUUUGACGCUCGUGGAGAAAAAGUGGCUCGCGUUUCAGCUUUUGCGGGCGCUGGCCCAGAGCCACGCCAAGGGCAUUUGCCACGGCGAUAUCAAGCAGGAGAACGUCAUGGUCACGAGCUGGAAUUGGGUCUUUCUCACGGACUUUGCGCCGUUUAAACCCACGUACAUUCCAGAAGACGACCCGGCGGACUAUAAUUACUACUUUUGUGCUAUUGACGCCACGCGGCGCGGCUGUAGCGUCGCGCCCGAGCGGUUUUACGGCAAAGGAGGAGCAGUUCCCACGAGUGCCGCAGCUACAGCAGCUAGUGUGAGUGCAGCAGCAGCUGCUGCUUUAUUGGGUGCCAAGACGUCGGAUGCAGUUGUCAUGCUGUCGAAAAUGGCUGACAGUGACGUUUCAGUGGAAGAAGUUGACAAGCAGAUUCUGGCCAUGGGUACUGGUGGCGGGACUGGCGCUGGUGGCACAGGGACGGCCUCAUUUAUGCAGCCACCGCCGCCAUCGUACUCGCGUUCGCGCCGGGAAGGCAGUUUGCUUGAGUCGAUGGAUAUUUUCUCGGCUGGGUGUGUGAUUGCGGAAUUGUUUUCAGGUGGGAAACCUCUUUUUGACCUGCCGUCGCUGCUAAAGUACCGCACGGGAGAUUCGGACGCUUUGCGUCAACGGUUGAAAAAAGUGGACGACCCACGGCUUGAAGAGCUACUGCUGCACAUGUUGCAGUUGGAUCCGAACGCUCGGCUCUCAGCGAGUGGCUAUUUGGCCAAAUAUACGAGCUCCAAUGGGCUAUUUCCGACGUACUUUGACAACUUUUUGUUCAAGUUCCUUGUUCUGGUACUCAGUCGUGGUGGGAAAGUGCCCGACGCACGAAUUCGACUAGUGUGCAAGUAUUACGGACGGCUGGUGCGUGAAGUUGCGGGCGUUGAAGACCCGGAAGGCGAGGAGUUUUUCAAACUGCGUCUUAAAGAAGGUUACGGAUCCGACCGGCUAGCAACUGCGACAGGAGGUGAUCAACAAACGCAUGUGGCGCAGCGUGUGCUUGAAGAGCUGUAUCAAAAGAUGCCUUCAAAGCACGAUAAGCAGAAAGCUGAGCGUGACAAUGCUGUUCUUGCCAAGUUACAUCAGAUCAAGGAACAAGAGAACGACAUGCGUGGUCUUAGUGCGAGUAUGCAGAAGAGGAAAAUUGAGAAGCUUCAUGAUCAAUUUCAGGCACUUACACAGAAGAAGCAGACGUCGCUAUUGCUCGAUUACUCACGCGACCCAUUGGACGGUCGUUUGGACGAAGGUAUAUCUUUGAAAGUUGCUGAAGCUAAAGAAGGAGUUAUUGCAGACAGCUACGACCUUUCGUUGGACAGAUCGAACAAUAUGAUGCCUUCUUCCCACACAAGCAGCGCACGACAAAUGAAGCCACCAGCAAAUCAAAGCAGUGAACCGUGGCCUCAUGACCGUAACGGCAUCGUCAUCAUUUUGUCGUUGAUUUGUUCGAGUCUGCGGCAUGUACAAGUCCCGGAGUCAAAGCUCACUGCGCUGUACUUGAUCCGCUCACUUGGCCAGUACACGAGCGAUGAAGCCCGCUUGCAGCGCCUAAUACCUUACUUGCUUGAGGUUAUUGAUGACCCAAGCGCGACAGUGCGCGCAUUGGCGCUUCGUACAGUCACUUACUUGAUAUCGCUUGUGGAAUCCUUUCCUCUCGCUGACGCCUCUGUGUUCCCGCAGUACGUGCUGCCUGCAAUGGUACCUUUCCAGUCUGACCCUGAUGAGUUGGUGCGCAUCACAUUUGCCGAGUGCUUGCCGCAGCUGGCCGAAACCAGUCGACGUUUCUUGGAGAUUGCGCACGCGAUGAAGCAAAAGAUGUUGACAUCGUCAUCAUCUGCCAAAUCAGCAAUUUCUGGCCGGAGCAAUGAUUCAUCUGCUCCCAGCACGUUGUAUAUGGCGUCCAGCAGUUUUGAUAAAGAGCUGAGUGUGCUGCACAAAAUGAUUUCGCGAUUUGUAAUCCAGCUUACGACUCCCGAUCAAAAGGCCUCAUCAUCUCUUGUCAAGCGUGCACUGCUGGUCGAUAUUACAAGGCUGUGCGUGUUUUUCGGCCAAGAACGCACCCUGGAUGUGGUCUUACCACAGCUUAUAACGUUUCUGAACGACCCGGACUGGGAGCUACGAGGGGCGUUUUUUGACUACGUCGUUGGCGUGUGCUCGUUUGUAGGUCCUGAGGCCGUUGAACAAAACAUCUUACCUUGCAUUGAGCAAGCGCUAUUUGAUGUACAAGAGAUUGUCAUCACUAAAGCAGUGGAGUGUCUUACUGGAUUGUGCCAACUCGGACUGUUCCAGAAUAAAAUCAGCACGCUCGUGGAAAAAGCGCGUAUGACUUGUUCCUUGUUGCUGCAUCCAAGUUGGUGGAUUCGCGAUGCUGUGUUGAAGCUGAUGGGUGAGAUUGCGCUCAAACUGCGCAGUGUAGACGCCAACGUUUUCUUAGGUCCACUGCUUCGGCCCUUUUUGCGCAAGACGAUGGUGUUUUUGCCCGACGAGAAGGUUCCUGUGGUCACGAAGCGACUUCGUGACUGCUGUCGGCCUCACGUGUCGCGGGAGACAUUUGACCGCGCACUACUGGCCUCGUCAUUAUCUUCAGGUUUUACCGAGGUCAUAUCCGACAUGGAACGAUCUGUUGUCCAACUGCCUGAUGACAGCGACGACGACCUGGUUCCAACCACGCCUCUCUCGGCUAUGACGACAACUUCGCGUGAAUCACUCGAGGAAUCAGUCGGCGACAUGUCAAAGUCUCGAAGGAACAGAGAUGCCUUGCUGAGUGCGGACUCUCUGGAUGGAUGUGGUGUGCCUCGUCAGCAAUCAUCUGGUGCAGCCGUUGCAUCUUCGGCAGCGACAACAGCAGCAACGAUAUCGAAUAGUGUUGAGGUUGGCGCGUUCUCGGUGUACGACCAACGCAAGAAUGAGAUCCAAUUACUCAAACUGAUGCAACAGUACGUCUCAAUUGCCUCGAUGCAGAUGCGGAGCAAGUUGGAAAUGGCUAAAACUGAGCAAGCGGCGCGUAUGCAAGGAGCCUCCAAAAGCGACCGCGCUGGUUCGCCCCGCAGUUCGGCGAUCAAAGCUUCUGCAGUAGCAGCCAGUGGUGCUGCUGCUCGCACCAACAGCAACCCAUUUGCUCGAAAGCUGUCGCGCUCACACCUUCGUAUGCUCUUCGUGCCGGAUAUGCGUUUUGCACUCUCGACAGCACAACCCCUGAAGCCAAACAAAUUCGGAAUCCCGUCGUCGUCGUCUCCAGCGACUAGCAGUGCUACGUCGAUGUCGACACCGGCAACGACUAUAUCAACCGCUUUGGUAACAAGAUCCCGGUCGCAUGCGCCUAGCAGCUCACCGUUGCAUCGCGAAACAGCAGCAGCAUCGACCGGUGCCGGGAUGACAGCAGCUCCCUCUCUGGACAGCCUAUCCUUGUCGCACGUUGGCAAAAUGUACAGUCUUGUCGAGCCAAGCACGCCUGUUUCCGCAUCAUCUAUUGCUGUCACGGGCCCCUCUACUAUGGUUCCUCCUGGGUCCAUUUCAUCGGCACUGGACGACCCGGGACUGAGUCAAAUGGACUCAAAUCACUUUGCACCUACCAGCGGUGGAGUCAUGGUAAGCAUGCUGAACAUGAAUAUGCGCGACAUGUACGGUGGCGAUGGAAUGAACAGUUUAUUGGAUCCGCAUCAUCACCACCACCCAGCGCAUGCGUCGCCAGUGUCACCUCCGCGACAAAGAAUGAUCAAGAAGGCGCAUACGACUUACCACCACUACUUUGCUUUCAAGGAGUCGGCAAUGGAUCCUGCACUUGGGAAUCCGCGCAAAUUGCUUGCGCGGUUGAAUGCACUGGGUAUUCCUCCGUUGCCACCGGAUCUUGGUGCGCUGCAGCUGUCUGAUGGAUCGCCAUACUCGAUUUACAGUCAUGCGCCAAGCCCCUACUGUCUGACAAGUGGUGGCGUUGGCAUAAACAAAAGUGCGGGAACUACUGGAGCAUCAGGAAACGAUCGAGCAGGCACGAGUGCUUCCAAUGUGGCAUUGCCUUCGAUGCAAGUUGGUAGUGGAACGUAUCCUCCUGGCGUAGGGGCGUUCAACGUGGCUGCAGCAGCUGCGGCAGCAAUCAACGGAGGUGUGACGCCCAGUAGCUUUGGCAACUCCAACAGCAGCAGUGGAUCCGGAAGCCACUUGAGUGGUGGAAACGGUGUUAGUGGGGGCGCUAGCUACCCUAGCUCAUCGUACCACAACUGGCAGCCACGCAAGAAUGUCCUGGUGGCGGAAUUGGCUGAGCACUCGGGAGCUGUGACUCGUGUGAAUGCUGCUCAGGACUACAGCUUCCUCGCGUCUGCCUCGAAUGACGGAACGGUGAAGAUUUGGUCAGUGCGGUCAUUGCUGCAUAGCGUGAAUCAAGGAUCACGGUGUACAUAUGACGGGCAGAGUGGAGUGAUUACCGACAUGAAGGUGCUGACGAACAGUCACUCGGUUGCUUCAGCUUCCAGCGACGGCACUGUUCACGUCUUUCGUGUGGACAAGGUGAGUUCUGUAGGUGGGAACGUCCAGACCACUGGUCUGAAGGAGCUCCGUGCGAAUAACAGUGCUGUUAUGGCAAUCGACUACCUGAACAACGUGACGGAGGCUCUGCUGCUAUAUGCGACCCGAGACGGCAGAAUCCAUGCGUGGGAUCUGCGCAUGCGACAGGAGGCCUGGACGCUGAGUAUUUCUCCCGAACUUGGCUAUGUGACGUGCGUGACACACUCACUUGAUGUGAGCUGGUUAGCUGUCGGAACAAGCAGAGGCUUUUUGUGCUUGUGGGAUCUGCGCUUCUUGGUGCUCAUUCGUAUCUGGCGCCAUUCGUCUCACCGCGCCAUCCAUCGACUGCAGCCGUGCUUGGGAUUGCCGAAUGCGUUGCCGCUCGAUGAGACGUCGGUACCCCUGGUAUUUGUGGCAGCAGGUGAUGGCGAAGUCGCGGUGUUUGAUCUCAGCAUUGGUGCAUGUCGGGCAGUGUUCCGGACGCUCGAGGCACAGGCAUCGGAGGCUGAAGCCAGCAAAUGUCCGACACUGCUGCAUGUGGCAAUUCCACACCGCAGUCGAAGCGUGCUGGGAAGUUAUCUCGGGAUUUAUGGUAUCGCCACGGCUUUCGACGAGAUUUCGACAUCGCCACUCGGUGAGGAGCCUAGUGUCCGUGCAAUAUUGUGCCCGUCACUGCACCUUCGUGGCAUUGGCGAGGCGUUGAUUACUGGCGGUGAAGACCGUCAAUUGCGUUACUGGGACAUUCGCAACGGGAAGCAAUCGUACACGAUCUGCGGGAAUGGUGACGCCAAGUCAUUUUACGACAACCAGCUGCCUCCUACUGACUGGUGGCGCAUGCCCGAUCCUACUCCGCGUCGUUAUGAUGAAGUGCCUGCAGCACCUCUUUCGACCACGCACAACAUCACGAAGCCAGAGAUGGCUUGGAGCAAGUUGAGCCCACCACUGAUCACGGUUUGCCAGGACUCGUCCGUGUACUCGACUCCAGGUGGCGUGUCAGCCUCAGGUGCUAGUGGUGCCGAGUCUUCGAUCAGCGUCGAACGCAGAGGUCUCGUGCCUCCAUCUCCGGCGCACACGGACUGUAUUUUGGACCUGACGCUUGUUGAGCUUGGAAGCAGUCACAGUUCGAGCCCCAUGCUCGUCUCGAGUGGCCGUGAUGCACUUAUCAAGGUGUGGAAGUAA